AUAGCCACUAAUAAUGAUGGAGUCCCUGCUCGAUGCGGACAUAGUGCCACACUUUCAACAAAUAACCAAAGCAUAAUUGUGUUUGGCGGUGCCUUCAAUAUUGCUCGUUCGAUAAAUGGAAUCGCGGUAUUACAUCUCACCACAUAUGCUUGGAUAUCUGUUAACGCUUCCGGUAAUCCACCAAUAAAAGCACCAUCUUCUCAUACAGCCUCUCUCUAUAAUGAUUAUAUAUUUUUUGCGUUUGGUGCAAUUGAUAUUAAUAAGUUUUCAAGUAGUCCGAUAAGCAUCCUCGACAUCUCAAAUAAUCAAUUCAAAUGGGUCUCAUCAUAUUAUCCAAGAACACCAAGUACACCAAGUCCUAGUCCUACAGCGAAUCCCAGUAAUUCGAACACGGGUGUUAUUAUAGGAUCGGUAAUUGGAAGUGUUGUAGGUGUUGGAUUAUUAUGUAUUAUUGGCUAUCUAAUUUAUAAUAGCAAAUUGAAGAAGAGAAUAAGGUUUUCGGAUAUUCAAGUUUCUGGUAAUGAA